UUUUCGUCUUUAUCAUUCUCAUUUACAUUUGACAUCUGAUAACAUUGCAAAAUCUUAACAUCUUAAAGGCCUGUAAUUUUCUACAAAUUAUAUUUUUUGAAUCACAUUUUGCCUUACAACUUUGUUAAUUUCAAGCCGAUUUUAACGUACGUAGGCUCAAAAUAAAGCCAAUUAAAACCUCUAUACAACUACAAAUAUAAAUUGAACUAACCUUUGUCCGUUUUUCUCAUUGUCUUGCACCUUAUCAACCCAUUUCGGUAAUGUUCUCAUAGUUAUUUUUCAACUUAAAACUCGCUAUAUUAUGUUGACAACAACCCGUUACCAAGGCAACUAAACCCACCCAACGGUUGAUUGGCCUUGUGCACCUGCCCAUCAUGCAUGGUACCUUUUUUAGUCAGCGGUCAAAUGAUUAUCUAUUUUCAGAACCAAAAGGUUUUAUUGCGAGCCUGAUUUGCUGUCAACGAGCAGAUUUGACCAAAGAAGGAUUUUCCAAGGACAUUUGCCGCAGCAUGAUUGCAAUGAUGGACUUUGACCGCUCAGGCAAGUUGGGCUUUGACGAAUUCAAAGAAUUGUGGCUCGCCCUUAGAAAUUGGAAAAACGCUUGGACAUUGUAUGACGUUGACAGUUCGGGGAGUUUUAGCGGUUUUGAGCUGAGACAGGCAAUCGAAUCUGCCGGUUAUUUGUUGAAUAAUCGGGUUCUCAACGCCCUAAUGCACCGCUAUGGGAGCAAAAAUCGGGAAAUCCGAUUUGAUGAUUUCAUGAUGUGCGCCAUUAAAAUUAAAACUAUGAUCGAUAUUUUUAAGGCCAAAGACGAGGUUGGGACUAAUACAGCCGCUUUUAGCUUCGAAGAAUGGAUGGAGUAUACUUUAUAUGCUUAGAAACGGUACAUGCCCCUCACGCUGCCAUAUUUGUAAACGGUACAUGCCUCACACGUGUUAAACAAGGAUGCACAGUUUUUAUCUGUCAAAAUAAAAAUAAACAAUUAGUAGCUUGUGUACAAUUAUUACGUUUAAAAAACGUUUUUACCCUUUUAA